AUGCCGAGCUGCCUCCUCCCCGGCAUCGCGCUACGCCCACCGCCGGCCGCUCUCCGCCUCCUCCUCCGCCGCCGCCGCUGCAGAAUGGCCUCCUCCGGGCCGACCCGCGCUUUCCAGCUCCGCGUCAACCCGCUCACCGGCGACUCCGAGUGGCUCGUUGUCGACGAGGCGGAAGCGGAGGCGCCUGCGCCGACCCACCACAAGCAGCUCCUCGCCGCCACCUCCUACCUCGACAUGCUCAACGAUGCCCCCCGCAACCGCGCGUACCGCCUUUCCAUCGACGCCACGGUCACGGACCCCACCGCCCGCGUCCUCGACAUCGGAGCUGGGACGGGGUUGCUGUCCAUGAUGGCUGCGCGAGCUUUGGCAGCUGCUGGAGGUGAAGGUAGGGGAAGCGUGUCAGCAUGUGAGUCCUACCUUCCAAUGGGCAAACUAACACGUAGGGUACUCAGAGCCAAUGGGAUGGAAAACAAGGUCAAAGUAUUUCACAAGCGUUCAGAUGAGCUCAGAGUUGGGGUCGAGCUUGAUUCUCGAGCUGAUAUACUGGUAAGUGAAAUUCUUGAUUCUGAGCUGUUGGGUGAGGGUCUCAUACCUUCUCUACAGCAUGCGCAUGACAUGUUAUUGGUGAAAAAUCCAAAGACGGUUCCAUAUCGAGCUACUACGUAUGGAGUGUUAGUUGAGAGCACAUCCUUGUGGAAGAUGCAUGAUCUGCACAGCAAUGAAGCAAUUGCUGAAGAUGGUGUGUGGCUUACUCCUAGUGGAACACAAAAUGUUCUUUCUGUGAAGUCGCAACAACAUGCGAUGCAAUGUGAUGCGCUGGCAGAUGAAAUAAGAUUGCUGUCAGAACCCUUCCAAGUUUUUGAAUUUGACUUUUCGAAACGGCCAGAUAGUCAUCGUGAAACAAAGAUUGAGAUAAAAGCAACUGCUGAUGGGCAUGCUCAUGCUAUUGUUUCAUGGUGGGUGCUUCAACUGGAUUCUGCUGGGUCAGUCUUUUACUCAACUGCUCCUAGAUGGGUGAGACAAUCCAGCAGUGUGGAUUUACCACAAUAUGCCAAUGGCACAAAGGAUUGGUGUGAUCAUUGGAAGCAGUGUGUUUGGUUUAUACAAGGGACAGGGGCUCCUGCAAAGAAAGAUCAAGCUCUUUCUUUGAGCGCUAGCCAUAACCAAACUAGCAUCUCAUAUCAGUUGAAUAUGAAUGGUGAAGGAAGUAGAAGCCCCAAAAGUAACCAUCUAACAUUGUUGCCAGAAAAGGUAGCACUUUAUGGUGAUAAAGGUUGGAGAUCAGCGUUGAUAAGUGUAAUCAGGAAUUCUAUGAGUGAAAGAUCCUCUCCGACCUGCAUUGUGGCUGAUGAUAGCGUGUUCCUAACUCUCAUAGUUUCUUCUCUGUUACCGUCUUCAAAAAUUUUUACAAUGUUUCCAAGUCUUAGAGACAGGGGCUUCAACUAUCUUCAAGCUGUUGCAGAUGCAAAUAAUUUAUCCAUGGACCGGAUUAAAGUGAUUGGUAAAAAGGCAUCAUCCCUUACUAUGAAUGACUUAAAUCAUGAAAAGGUUAAUCUGAUAGUGGGGGAGCCUUUUUAUCAUGGAAGUGAAGGGAUGCUGCCAUGGCAAAAUCUGCGUUUCUGGAAUGAAAGGACACUGCUUGAUCCAUUGCUAUCUGAGGAUGCAUUCAUCAUGCCUUGUAAGGGAACAUUAAGAUUCUGUGCCAUGUCACUUCCGGACUUGUGGAGAAGCCGUCGUGGCCUUAAAGAUGUUGAGGGUUUUGACCACUCAGUUGUUAAUGAUACUUUAGGAGCCUGUGGUGACCUGCCUGGAGAUCAGCAAGGCCCUUGCCUACCUUAUUAUGUGUGGCAAUGCGGUUAUACCAAGAAAUUAAGUGAAGUGUACUCUCUCAUGGACUUCAACUUUUCUGAGCCUAUUCACUCUUGUUUUGGUGAAACAAAGAUUGAGUUUGGCCAAAAUGGAACAUGCCAUGGUUUUGCUGUUUGGAUCGACUGGGUACUUGACGAGGAAAAUUCCAUUGUGAUAAGCACCGGACCAGCUCAGAGAGCAGACACUGGAAGCAAGGAGUGCAGCUGCUUAGCAAACCUGUACAAGUGA